GGUUACUUGCACGGUUGUUGCACCGUGACGAGUAGCAAGACACCUCCAUACCAGUAGGGGGCAAACUGCUCGAGGAAGCGGACGGAUAUUCGACGCUAACGUCAUCUUUGACGUUAGACAUUUUGACUAGACAUUAGUUUUAGCUCAUGUUUUGCGACCUUAGUUGAAUUGUAUUUAAAACAAAUUAUGGAUGUUGUUCUUUAUCUCGCAGCUGCAGCGAUUUUAAUUGUUCUGAUAAUAUUCGCUGCAAAGGUUCGUAGACGUACAGAGGAAGCUGACCGUGAAGACCGGCAGAAUGCUGUGGCUCGAGCCGCGGCCGCUCCGCGAGCGCCCGAGGAGCGCGGGGCGGGAGCGCGCCGGCGGCGCAGAGGCCUCGGCAGUGUGACGGCACAGUGGCGCGCGCAGCGCGACGCCGAGGACGAGAUCAUUGGUGAGGAUGAGGUGGAUGAGGAAGGUGAGAUCCCCCAGGCAGAAGAGCGACUUCAGGCAGCAGGGAAAGUGGGUGCCAAGAAGCAGAGAAAGCUGGAAGAGAAGCAGGCCAGAAGAGCUCAGAGAGAGGCUGAGCUGGAGGAGCGAGAGGAGAGGAGGCGCAUGCAGGAGAUCAGAGAGCAGGAGAAGAAGAAGGAAGAGGAGAAGGAGAGACUGCUGGAACAGAAACAGGAGGAGGAAUUACAACGAGCUAAGGAGGAGCAGGAGAAGAGAGAGGAAGAGGAGUAUCAGAGACUCAAAGAGUCCUUCAUCAUUGAGGAGCAGGGCGAGGCUGAAGAACUCACUGAACAGGAGUCACACAACCUUCUUCAAGAGUUUAUCCAGUAUGUUAAGGACUCCAAGGUGGUGUUGCUAGAGGACUUGGCAUCACAUUUUGGAAUGCGUGCCCAGGAUGCUAUUGCCAGACUGCAGGACUUGAUAGCAGGCGGCUCACUUACAGGAGUGAUCGAUGACAGAGGAAAGUUCAUCUUCAUCACUCCACAGGAGAUGGAUGCUGUGACGCAGUUCAUCAAGCAGAGAGGAAGAGUCUCUAUUUCCGAGCUGGCCCAAGCCAGCAACACACUAAUCAGCCUUACGUCCACCGUUCAGAGCACCUCCUUGUCCACUAGUACACAAACUCUGGCACAUGGAACAUCAGCCAGCUAAUUCUUUCUUGUUUGUUUGUUUCUGUUUUGAAUAUCUGUAACUUAAUUUAAUAAAAUUCAAUCCCAAUCGGA